GGAGUGCACCGAGGGGCUCCCGGGGCCCCCACGGGUCCGGGACAGGCGCUGUGCGGGGCGCGGCCCGCCGCGACCACCUGCGGGCUAGUGUGACCCGGGGCCGCGGCUCGGGGGAGCCAGGUGAGGAGCGUGGCCCCGGCUGGGAUAAAAAGAGCUUGCUGGUUGCUCCCUUCCCCCUCCGCACACGCUAAUUAAGCGCGGUAAUAAUUUAUCAUGUGCUCUGCUGAUGUGAUUUAGUGCAACCUGUCUUGUCAAGCCUGCUACAGCGUUUAGCGUGUAAGUUAGUUUGCGCUAGUUAGCAGCACGUUAAAAAGCCUCUUGUAAAAAGACAUUUUCUUAGAAUCCCAGAGUUUGGGUAGUUAGGAAGUCCACACAUUUUAACUUACACAGCUAAUGGAGCAAAUGAAUUGAGUACCUCAUCUGAGGUGUGCCAGCAUCACAGUUUUUCCCUACUUAUCUGCUCAGGCAGGAACAAAAUACUGAGUCGUUAACAGUAAACAAAACUGCACAAGUGCUGAUGGACUCAGAUUUUUCAGAGAGCUGAUUAUUUACAAUUUGCCAUAUUUCCUCCUCUUACUAAAAUCUGAAAUUCAGGUGCUUCUAGUCAAAGAACCAUUAUUGAUUUGAGUUACAGGGUUUUCAUCUUUAUUAACAACAUUAGUAUUAGGGUGAUACCUUUGUUUAAGUUGUAUGAAGUUGAACUAUUAAUGUGUGUGCCCAGCCUUGGUGUGAAAGGGGUCUCAUUUUUUUGCAUGGUUGAACUACCCAGCUAUGGUCCAGCUUAUAUGUUUCACUCACUGCUGAUCGUGUCAAGGAAAAAACUAACUGGGGGGAAUUCCAUCUGUGCUAUGUAGUGCUUUGUGAAUCCCCUCUGCUUAAAGGUCAAAAUGCUGAGGUCUAUAAAGCUCACCUUCAGGCUUCCUUCCAAUGCAAAGAUGAAAAGCAGAUACAGAAUUGACAAACUGUUCAUGCUGGUAAGUGCACAGCACUGCAUCCCCAUUGUAGUAGCAGUGUUGAACAGAGAGCAACAGUGGGCAUUGGUACAAGUCGGCUGCUCUUCGUGCAGACUGGUUAUACUGGAUGGGCCCAGGCAGAGCUGUAGCAGCCGCUGGGCAGUGUGCAGGUGCAAUAGUGUGCAAGCAGAAAUGAACCUUGGAAGCAACCAUCGAACCUGGCUUAUGACUGUCCGAGACAAUUUGCAUGUGCUGAUUUAUGUCCAUGUGAGUCAACUCACUUGUGGUUCCCUGCAGAAGAGUGGGGAAGUAAAUGUAGGCCAGUGGCUGUGUGCUGUCAGUGGGAAGUAUGGUGAUAGUGAUUUUUUUGCGGGAUUCCAGGUAAUGUUGUUAUGAAGCUGUCUGUGAAAGUAACUGUGAAAUCAGACAAUAUGCACUGAAUAGUCAGUCAGAUGAUACCUUCAUUUCCUGUUGGCCUUUCAGCAUGCAAAACUGUGGAUGAUUUACGUUUGAGAUAAACAGAGAACUUUCCUCCCUGCUGCUUUGUGCACCUGUGCCCAGCUAUAUGACAUGAGCUGCAGAAUGUUGUGCGAGAUAUAUGUGGGAAAGAGAGAGGGGACAUGGCAUUUUAACUGUGUUACUCACAAUUAAAUAUUAAGUCUGGUUUUCAGAUUAUCUGCUUACUAUCAGUGGCCAACAAGACCACAGUGAAUCAUCUGCAGCCCAGUAUGUUGAGUCUUUAAUCUUAGGUAUAAAUAUUCAUAAACAUACAUACCACUUAUAGAAAAUGUUGGGACUUGGUUGUACUCUGCAACCUAAAAAACAUGGAAGUCAUUGUUCAUCAUGAAAAACUGUAAAAAAAGGGAAGAAAUUAAGGUAUAGGAAAAGAAACAGAGUUUUAAAAUAUUUUUCAGGGUGAUUACUAAGCAAGGAAGAGUCAUAGGUUCACGUGAGUGUGUUUCUGAGUGAACCUAGAAAGCAGGAGUCAAAGAUACCACAUGGGACCCCAUCACCUCUUGUAGAGACAUCCUGGAGUUUGUCCAGUCCUUGUUUCAAAUGCCCAUAUUCUCAGAGCUUCUCCCAUUUUUUCAGUGCUUCCCUCUGGAUCAUAGAAAGUGCCAUAAUGUACCUUGGUCGUAUCUUGGAGGUGUAACAGAGGAUAGGGGAUGAAGCCCUUACCAUAGCCAGCAAGGUUCAUGGGCAUUCUAUGGGGUCUGCUUUCAUCUACCUCAAGGCUCCUCUCACAUUGGUUGCAUGCUUUGCCAUUGGGUUUGAAUGGAAAAACAGGGAGACUAGGGAUGCCUGGGUUGGCCUUCUUGCCUAGAGCCUUUGGUUGCCAGUGCCUCGUUGUUUUCAGCUUUCCUUUACAGUGUGGGCUUCUCUUUGCCCCAGCUUCCUUUCCAGUUCCUCUGCAGCUUUCAACUACAGUUCCCACAAGGAAUCUCCAUUUUUGGCCCUACUUUUGUGCAAUGUCUUAUGACAGCUUAUUGUAUUUUCUUAUAUCCCACUGACUAUCAUCCUCUCUGCAUUUGAAUUGGGAAGUUUAUGUGCUUCAGUUUGUGCUGACUCUUGCUAUCGGGGAAGGCUUUAUCCAGAUCAUUCUGUUAAUAUCAUGUUUCUGGAGCAGGGAUUUCAUAUUUACCAAAAGGGGCAUGUGUGACAAGAAUAUAGGGUUUUGGUAGGGUUUUUUUUUCCUCUUUUGCAUAUGGCUUCCUAAACUGCAGUGUGAACGAUGCUCAUCUGAAAUUUCAUAGUCCCCUGCCUUUUCAAAACAUUCAGUGUGUCUCUGUACAAAGACUGUGCUCAAGCCUUGUCGUCUGACCCCUUUGAUCACGUGCCACUUGCCUGGACAACGCCUGUGGAUUUCCUGUGGGCUCUAGUGCUGAGAAAGGCUCUGCCUGGCAUCACAGAGAGGAGCUGGGCACCACACUGGACACCCAGCAACUGCUGCUGGUGAGGCUGCCUCACAGAAGCAGGAGGGAGAACAGCUCUAUCCCACUGCUGCCACCUUUUUUAUUUUCAAUAUAUUGGACUGUCUUGCAUUUUUUACACUUUAGCUUGUUCUAUUGUGUUGAGUAGAUUUGUAGCAGUGGGUUCCAAAAUAAACAAUUAUGCUAAAUUUGAGUUGGUUAGAAUAAUGUCUGUGUAACUUCUGUACUAUUUUGGGGUUCAGUGUUUCUACUGUUCAUUUUAUAGUUAACUUCUUGGACUGCGUUCUAAAUGUAUUACUUUUUAUAUAUGGGAGGAGGUAAUUGCCAAAUAUUGAUUCCAAUCACCUCUUACUGGUUGCACCUGAAAACUUUUAAUGUGUACUUGUAGUAAGUAUAAGGACUUUGAGUGAGAGUGACAAAAAUGGAAUGACGAUCUUACUACAUAAUUUAAAAUGCUUUUCAAUUUUUGAGAACAUUGAUACUUAUCAUCAGAAGACAUUUCUUGAAAAUAUGGCAGGAUGAUGUUAAAUUACAGGAGUGGUUUUCUGAAUCCUGACUUCUGUAUGAGAUUUGUUUUAGAUUCUCUCUGCACUUGUGGCCAGUACCUCCUUAUUAUUUGUCAGUGUAGCCACUGAUGUAGAGGGGUUGACAUUUCAUGAUUCAUCUGCAGCAGAUCAUGCAGCAAAAGAGCCAGUGGAGGAUACAGAUCCAAGCACUCUUUCCUUAACAAUGACUGAAAAAUAUCCUGUCCAAGACACAGGAGUACCUAAAGAUGAAGAAUACCUUACAGAUCAAGUUACGUUGGAAAUUGCAUCUGUGAACAUCAAGACCCUUACACCAGAUUCUGGCCUAAUCCAACAGCCAGAAGACAAAGACACGCAAAACCAUACUGACGAAUCACUUUCAGAUCUCAAGAAAACCUGCAAGGAAAAUGUCACCUGCUCCCUGUGCUUAUUCCGUGCACCAACCAUCAGUGACAUGCUCAAUGAUGAGGACUUGUUGUACACAGUGAGGCUAAAGCUGGAUCCCUGCCACCCAACAGUGAAAAACUGGAGAAAUUUAGCAAGCAAAUGGGGGAUGACUUAUGAUGAAUUGUGUUUCCUUGAACAAAAGCCCCAGAGUCCCACCUUGGAGUUCUUGCUACGGAAUAGUGACCGGACUGUGGAACAGCUGAUUGAUCUCUGUAAAUUUUAUAAGAGAAUUGAUGUUGUGAAAGUGCUGCUGAAAUGGGUGGAGGAGGAAUGGCCCAAGAGAGGGAACAGAACUUACCAGAAUGACUUCUAGGUCAAAGAAAGUUGUCAGUCUGUACAUGUUAAAUGCUGGGACUAGCUGCCACUAAUACAUUGGAAGUUUCCCUUGCAAGAGAGAGAAAGCCUGUACUGACAGUUUGUAUACUGUGUAAGCCUUAUCUACUGUAUACACAUAUGUAUGCUCUGUACCCUCAGGGUUGCAAAGAUAAUAUUCCAAAAGGGGAUGGAAUCAUCCAGGUUGUGUUCUUGAACCUACAAAUUCCUUCAGCUUCUUUGCUGCUGUUGGUAGGCUUCCUAAGCAGAAGAGGAAUGAAAAAGCCAGACUGCUGGUUUUACUGCAGCAGUUGUGAACCAUGUCAGCUAUGUUCUGUUGCUAUUGGGAAAGCCACAAUUAGAAGGCAAGUCUCUUGGCCUUUCUGGCAACCCUUCAACAGUUUUGUCUCUUCUACCUAGUAGAAGAUGAGGUGUAUUUUUUUUUCAUAUUUUGUUUUUUUUUUAAGCUUUGUGAUGCUGUUUUUGGCACAGGAACACCUCAGCGUUCCAAGCAGCAAUUUGGAUUUGCAUGUUACAAUUAAUUCAAUGUUUCAACAUCACAUUUGAGCAAGUUAAGCUUUAAGUCUCUUUUAUAAACAAGAAUAUAUUUGCCCUAUGAAGAAAUCAUGCAAUUCAGAGAGACUUUCAACCCAUAAUCUCUAGGGGUAAAAAAAUACUAAUUAAAAUGCUCUAUACUUAAAAUUAUUUUCCAAAGUUUUGAAGACAGUGUAUACUCUGAGUGCAGGUAUCAAAUGCCUCUCACUUUCCAGUGUGAGAGGCUGUGUAAGCCUUAUCACUCACAGGGUAUCGUUAGUAUUGACUAUAACUUCCCUUUUCACAGGCUGUGGUUUUCUUCACAGUCCUGUGGGUUGACCUACUUUCUGCCCCACACCAAGGUAGUUGCACACCUGUGUGAAACUAGCACUGUGUAUUGAUUAGAGCCACUCUAAUGGAAAAUUACCAGGUGAAUUCACCUACAGUCCAGGUGGAUGGUUAUUAAAGCACUUACAAGUGGUUUAGACUGAUGUUUUUCAAAGGAUUUUGAUACUCUGAAUUACACUGUUUACAAUUUAAGUAUUUCAGAAAUUGGUCUUUUUCCUACCAUUCUUCUGACAUCUCAGACAAUACUAGUAUGUACAUAGGUGUAUAUACCAAAGCACUGGUGAAUAGUAUGUCAAGACAUGGGGUAAAACUAGAAUGGGUUGCAGGUUGAUACGCUGUUUACUUUUCUCUAGUAGAAAUAAUAAGAAUUAGUAGCAAAGAUGAGGGAAGUCUAAUGCUGUAUCCUGACUUUCUUAUUGUAAGAGAAUGAAAAAGAACCUCUAGUAAUACUUUACUAUAGAUGCUGAGUGAUACGGUUACAGAGGGGCUGGAAGUAAAGAUGAACAUUUUCAGUGUCAGGCACUAGUUCUGGGGUGGCAUAAAUUAAGCUUAUUUUAGUGACUUCCAGAAGCUGAAAAUCUUGUUUCAAGGUGAAAAGAGUGACCUAAAUUUGAGGUUUGAAUUUUUUAUUUUUUUUUAGAAAAGACUGGAAUUUUUAAUAACUUUUUUUUAAUGAUUCCUCAAAAAAGCUGCAACUGUUUAGAACUCUUUAGUUUUCUAUCUGUAUUUUAAGGAGGAAGCCGUACUGCUGGAUCUUGUUGGGGCUGCAGUUCAAAUGUUUUGCAUUCCUCUUCCAGGUACUGGGGUUUCCUGAUAGAUGUCUGUCAACUCUAACUUUUGCAAAUAAUCUUCUGUCCUAAGUUAAUGCUCCAGAUUCAGCUUUGAGGACUAUUGUUGUGGCUGGGCUCUUUGCUAUUUUCAGUUCCUACAGAGGUAUCCACUGCCUACAUGCAAACAGCUCAUAAUGCAGCUUGUCCAACAAAAUCCCCAUACCCUGGGCCAACUGCAUGCAUGAUUUAGGAUUGUAUGUCUGUGUGUUAAGUUUUUCCUCUGAGUGAUGAGUGCUGGCAUGUAUGCCAAAGGCUCUUCCCUCCCAUAACUUACCACAGCUAUAUGUGCGUGGUAUUAUAAUAUGCUUUGCUUUGGUAGAUCCAGUCCAGCAAGGAGCUGGAACCCUCACCUAAGACUCAGAAUGGGAAUACAAAAUGAUGCAGCAGCAUUCCUGAAUCAAUGUGUUCAACUGAAAUCUACCCCUCUUCCCAUUUCCUGGCUAAAACUUGUAAAAUUUUUAAGAAACGCUGAUGUCUUCUGGAGAUGAGUUCUGAUCCCUCAAAGCUCUUGAAAACUCAAUGUCAGCUGCAAGGAUUCAUGUCUAAUGGAAAUAAAGCUGCUUCUGAGAGUA